AUGAAGUUUGGUAGCUACCUGCUUUUCAUCCUGCUGUGGACGUCCAUCGUAUACGACCCUCUGGCUCGUUGGAUGUGGUCGCUCAAGCUCGAUGAAAUCUGGGAGAUCACUGCAAUGGGCUGGGAAGGCAAGAUGGGUGCGCUCGAUUUCGCUGGUGGUACAGUCAUUCACGUCUCCAGUGGGUUUGGUGCCCUUGUGGCCGCCAUUGUGGUGGGGAAGCGAUACAACCACGGCGAGCCUGUGAAGCCGCACAACGUACCCUUGGUGAUGAUCGGUGCCACGCUGCUAUGGUUCGGCUGGUUUGGAUUCAACGCCGGAUCUCAGGGGGCGGCUGACGGCGUUGCUGCGAUUGCUGCUAUCAACACGCAUCUAGCGCCAUGUGCUGGAUUUUUGACCUGGUCAGCUCUUGAGUUCGCUUUCCACAAGAACUUUGAUCCUUGCGGUGCCAUCAGUGGAGCAGUUGCUGGACUUGUGGCCAUCACCCCAGGCUGUGCCUUUGUGUACCCGUGGGCUGCUGUCAUCUUUGGCGUCGUCGGUUCUGCGACUGGUUUCGGUGCUGUCCACCUCAAGAACGUUCUGCGUUAUGAUGAUACUCUCGACUCCUUCGGUAUCCACGGCUGCGGCGGCUUCAUGGGCGGUCUGCUUACGGGUCUAUUCGCCACCUCCGAGAUAAACCCGUCUAUUGAAGGCGGUGCAUUUUACGGCCACGGAAUGCAGUUCGUACACCAACUCGUUUCACAGUGUGUGGCAGCUGCGUACUCGGCAGUGGUGACGUUCCUCAUCCUAAUGGCGCUUAAGUACACGGUGGGUCUUCGCGUCUCGGAGGAGAAAGAAGUAAACGGCAUGGAUAUUUCGUACCACGGUGGCCAGGCUUACGACUACAGUGCACAUGGCGGGCUUAGCUCUCCUACUGUUAAGGCGGCUAACCCUCCCGUUGGCGACUUCAUGAGCAUGAUGACUUCUGGCCAGCCCAGUGGAAAUGGAGCUAACCAUAUUGCGAAUGAACUUUAA